AAGACAGGAUAGAACCUGGACCGUUAUUCUUAAUCGUAUAUGAGGUUAUUUAUACAAUAUUGAGCUGUGUUUUAUGAUUUUAAAUCCACGUUAAUUUGGCUGAAGUAACCGUUUUAGUAGUCUCUAAAACUACUACAAUAUUUCAACACGAUUUUUGUGUGCGUUUUUUCUAAAUACCAUAUUUUCUCCUUUCUUAAGUGAUGUACCACAGCAUGGCUGCAAUUCGUGAAAGAAGGUACACUUUGGAUAUAUGUUUCCUAUUUUUCACAAUUUCUUUGGUUUACUCUUAUAACAUCGAUUUAGACCACCCCAUAGUGUACCGCGGGCCAGAUGGGACGUUCUUUGGAUAUUCUGUACUCGAACACUUCCACGACAAUACACGUUGGGUGCUGGUGGGUGCCCCCAAAGCGAACUCCUCCUUCAGCAGCUCAGUGCGAACCCCUGGAGCUGUCUACAAGUGUCGCGUGCACAGCAACCCUGACCGCCGCUGCACAGAGAUGGACUUGGGCCGAGGGAAUAAGCAGAGGCAAUCGUGUGGGAAGACGUGUGAGGGGGACCGGAACAACGAGUGGAUGGGAGUCAGUCUGGCUCGCCAGGACAAGCCCAACGGAAAUGUGCUGGCCUGUGCUCACCGCUGGAAGAAUGUGUACUAUGAGUCUGAGCAGAUCCUUCCUCAUGGCUACUGCUCGGUGAUCCCUCCUACACUACAGGGCACUGCUCGCCCUCUCAUCCCCUGCUAUGAAGACUAUAAGAAAACAUAUGGAGAAGAACAUGGCUCAUGUCAGGCUGGGAUAGCAGGAGUAUUUACCGAGGAGCUGGUGGUGAUGGGCGCCCCAGGAUCAUACUACUGGACCGGAACAGUGAAGGUCUUCAACUUGACCUCAAGCACAUCAUACAACCUCAACAAUGAUGGGGUGAACUCCCAUAGAUACAGCUAUCUAGGAUAUGCAGUGACAGCUGGUCAUUUCUCCUCACCCACAGCCACUGAUGUUGUGGGAGGGGCACCACAAGAUGGGGGAGAAGGAAAGGUCUACAUUUUCAGAAUUGAGAGUGGAUCUCUCGUGAAAAUAUUUCAAGCCUCAGGGAAAAUGAUGGGCUCUUACUUUGGCUCCUCAUUAUGUGCAGUUGAUCUGAACCAGGAUGGGCUGUCGGACCUGCUGGUGGGGGCACCCAUGCACAGUGAGGUUCGGGAUGAGGGACAGGUCUCCGUCUACCUCAGUAGGGGCAACGGUCUGAUGGAGGAAAUGGAGGUGUUGAAAGGUGACAAUGCUUACAAUGCCCAUUUUGGGGAGUGCAUCACUUCACUGGGGGACAUUGAUGAUGAUGGUUAUCAAGAUGUAGCCAUAGGAGCUCCAAAAGAGGAUGAGUACAUGGGAGCAGUGUACAUUUAUCAUGGAGACCCCACAGGGAUCAUCAACAAAUAUUCCAUGAAACUGUCAGGGCGAAGGAUUGAUCAUGGCCUGCGCAUGUUUGGCCAGUCUAUCUCUGGUAAAGUCGACAUGGAUGGAAAUGGUUAUCCAGAUCUCACAAUUGGGGCCUUCAUGUCAGAUAAUGUGGUGCUGCUUAGGUCAAGACCAGUUAUCACAGUGGAUGUGUCCAUCUUCCUGCCAAUGUCUAUUAACAUCACAGCACCACAGUGUCAUGAUGGCUCGCAGCAUAACAACUGCUUCAAUGCUACGCUCUGCUUCCGCUUUACGGGCAAAGAGGUUCCAGGACAGAUAGAACUGCUCUAUAAUCUGACUGCUGACGUGGACAAGCGGCAGAGGGGGCAGCCACCUCGAGCGCUGUUUUCCCUGAAUGGGGAGCUAACCAGCACUGUCAGUGAAGUGAUGCGCCUUGGAAUUAACAACGAGUUGUGUCGGCACUACGUGGUGUAUGUCAGGAAAGAGGUGAAAGACGUAUUCUCAGCCAUCGUGUUUGAGGCAGUAUACAGCCUGGGUCAGCACGUAGUGCCUGGACAGGAGGAUAGAGAGCUGCCUUCCCUAACUCCUGUACUUCGCUGGAAAAAGGGAGAGAAGAUUGCCCAGAGGAACCAGACAUGGUUUGAGAAGAACUGUUUAUCAGAGGACUGCGCAGCAGAUCUACAGUUGCGGGGGAAAUUGCUGCUAUCAGGAGUACACAGACGUGCCUAUUUAGCUCUGGGAGGGGUGAAGAAUAUAUCUGUCAACCUGUCCAUCUUCAAUGCUGGCGAUGAUGCAUACGACACCAACAUUUUCUUUAACUUCUCACGAGAGCUUUACUUCAUCAAGAUGUGGCAAAAGGAGGAAAAAGGUAUUGUCUGUGAACUGUUAGAGCUGGACUUCCUGAGGUGCAGUGUGGGAUUUCCUUUCAUGAGGGCUCAGACUAAGUAUGACUUCGCUGUGAUUUUAGACACCAGCCAUGUUUCUGGGGAACAUGAGACCUUACAAUUUCUAGUGACUGCAAAGAGUGCAAACCCGGAGUCUGAAAGCAAACUGUUUGACAACACUCUGGAACUUUCCAUCCCUCUUGUCCAUGAGGUGGACACAGCGAUGACUGGGGUGAUUGCACCCACUUCCUUUGUGUAUGGGAACUCGAUUGAUUCAACUCGCUUUGUUCAACUGGAGAACAUGGAGUGUGAUUUCCAGCCCCUCAACUUUACCUUCCAGGUGAUAAAUAACGGACCCAGCAGACUACCUGGCUCUACUGUGGACAUCAGGAUUCCAAAUCGGCUGUCUGGUAGUGGAGCAGACAUGUUCCAUGUUAUAGACAUUCAGGUGGCUGGGGAUGGAGGGAACUGCACCCCACACUGGAACCCCAUGCCCUGCACUGUGCCCCAGGACAGAGAGAGCAUCUUCCACACCAUCUUUGCUUUCUUCACCAAGUCCGGCCGGAAGGUCCUGGACUGUGACCGGCCAGGAAGAGCCUGUCUAACAAUCACGUGUGUGUUGAGCUCGCAAGCAAAAGAGGAAGCCAUUAGCAUAGAUCUGCAAAUCCUCUUAAACACAGAGAUAUUGAAGAGGGACAGUUCGUCAGUAAUCCAGUUUGUGACAAGAGGAAGUGUUCGUGUGGACAGCAGGGCAAUGGAGGUAGUCGGAGGCCUAUCAGAGGAGACAGCUGUUGUUUUUGAGGCUCUGCACAGCCAGGAGCCCAGGGGGUAUGUGGUGGGUUGGAUCAUCGCCAUUAGCCUCCUGGUGGGAAUCCUCAUCUUCCUGCUGCUGGCAGUGCUGCUCUGGAAGAUGGGUUUCUUCCGCCGGCGGUACAAAGAAAUAAUCGAGGCAGAGAAGAACAGGAAGGACAGUGACGAGAGUUGGGAUUGGGUCCAGAAGAGCCAAUGAGUCAGCUGCUGUCUUCUCCACGCUGCCACGCGAGGCCUGUGCCAUCAGGAAAUGGGAUUAAACUCUUCAGUCUUCCAUAUGUGGAAGAAAAGAAUCUUCUCCAGAUUUUUCGGAGGCAUGACACUUUUGGGGGGGUAUGGGAUAUGAGGAGCUAACGUUUGGAAUCUGUUCCUGAGGUAGUGUCUGACCUGCAGUCAUGUGACCUAUGGUCACGUGACAUGCGCAGAGGAACUUUGCUCAUCCUGUUGGAACUGAACCUACCUCUUGAAGGAAAGUCUUCCAAGGAAGGAUGCUGAGAUCAUGGGAAAAAACCCUCAGGGCACUGAAUGUUUGGUUUGCGAAUUUAUUUUUUAUACAUAUAUGCUUUUUUUGUAUUGAACACAGCUUCAAGAAAUGUUUUAUUUGAAAAUUCUGAAUGACAUAUAUAAUGUUUUCUUUAAAGCACUGAUGACUGUAAGCCAAAGAAUGAUGGCAUGUUACACAGAGGAGAGAGAAUGACUGCGUUCCAGAGUGAAAGAGCCAUCCGUUACGCCCUGCCUCUCUGUGAUGAUAGUGCACCAGCAAGAGCAACACUGUAUAAGCCAUGUAACUCCAUUUUACCUGUUACCUCCUGGGCCAUGUGUACAUGCACAUACACAUUCAUCUGCAGAGUUCCAAAGCCUUUUUCAUUACCUGAAUGCCACCUUGAAAUGUAUGAUAUGUAAGUUUGUUUUAGUGACCUGUUUUGCCAUACCAUUGUGUCCCACAAUUAGUUCUAUUUUGAUGCCAAAAAAUGGUGUUGCAAUUGGUGCAACUAAGAUUUUGGUACAUAUUGUGGUGAAGUUGGCUUAUUGGAGCUGUCAUUUAGAGGUUCUGAAUAGCAAUACAUAUAGCGCUGUAAGUUGUUAAUGGUGUUACCAUUGAAAACAAACUUCUGUGAAUUGCUAUUUAUACCAAGCACAAACAAAUGUUUAAUAACCAAACACUUGACUAGGAGCAAAAGUAAAAAUAGCCAUUGGAUAUGUUGGGAAUGUCUAUGGACAGAUGCUUCUAUCAUAAUAUCAUAAUGAUACUAUAUUAAACAGACCCACUUUCUCAGAGGUAUAAUUAAAUAAAUGGAGCAUACUGAUACUAAGGGAAGGUAUAAAGUUGAAUCAACACAGAGACACAGCCUUGCAGACAGUCCAAAUCCACUCCCAAGGUCAAGUGAUACUCCUGAGAUUUUUAUACAUGGUGAUACCCAAACAAACUGUUUUGUUUCAAAUUAUUUGUUCUAUUAAUAGUUCUGGGUAGUAUCUGCUUGUGGUAAUGGAUGAAACACUAUACGUUACAGAUUGUGUUCAAGGGCUAAGAUCUACUAAAACCUAAACUCUUAAGUAUCAUCAUAUUUAAACAUGACAGAGUGAGUAAAAGACCAAACUUUACGUAAGAUGUGUCAUGGCUGACUCUUCUGUGUAGGGUUAUUGUAUUUUCUUACCUGUUUGCUGUAAGGGUGAUGGGGGUUGCAUUACUGAGUAGUGCCAUUGAAGAGGAUUUUUAGGGGAUCCAUUUUAUCAAUGUUCAGAUGGACUGCAUUGCAAAAGACCACAUAACACACCAACUCAUCCUUCAGAGGAAUAGCUCUCUGAACUGGGGGCUGCUGGAGACAAUUACAGCCCAUUAAGGUGUUCAUACACACAAGUUAAACACAGCAAGUCUUUCAUCUUUUAAUGUGCAAAUGUUUGAAGUCUUCAGGAUGCAUAUCAAGUGGUUGGACAGGGCAGGUGGUACAUAGUGAUUCUGCCCACAGUUAUGAAGAACUGUGUGGGUCCAUGGUUGGAACAGUUCCAAUGUAAGGAGUUGAUGAAUUCAAAGGCCCACCAAAGAAAUUUACUGUGGUUUAAAGCCUGUAUUAAAUAUUCUUAAAAAUAAAUUAGCAGGCAUAGCACUGUAUAACAGCAUGACUUAAAUUAUUAAACUUUUCAUUAAAACAGAGCAGAACAGAACAUGAAAGUGUAAUUAGGGAUUUUAAGCAGAAACAUUUUAGAAGGCCUAUACCUACAUUGACUUGGACACCCGGUUUUAAGCUUACUUGUGCCUGUGUUUGCCACCUGUGUUUGUAUCCAUAACAUAUGGCCGAAUGUCACGUUUCGAAUCCUGAUUACAAUAUAAUUGUCAACAGACAAACAGUUGGCUAAAAUGCUGCUAAUUUAAAUAAGCAUCAUUUCAUAUUUAAUAUUUUAUUAGUGCAUUCUGCAUUCAGCUAUUCAAUGCCUCUCUCUUUUGGACAGCACACCCAGUGAGCACUUUAUUAGGUAGACAUGUAGACUAGCUUGUUAACUAAAAUAUUCAAUCAGCCAAUCAUGUGGCAGCAACUAAAUGCAUAAAAGCAUGCAGACGUGGUCAAGAGGUUCAAGAGGUUUGGUGUUUUUCAGACCAAAUGUCAGAAUAGGGAAAAAGUGUUGUUAAUGAGAGAAGUCAGAGGAGAAGGGCCAGACUGGUCAAAGCUGACAGUCACGCAAAUAACCAUGCAUUACAACAGUGGUAUGCAGACGAACAUCUCUGAACACACAACAUGUCACAAUAUGUCUAAUAAAUACCUAAUAAAGUGCUCUCUGAAUGUAGAUACAUGCACAUGAACAUCUUCCCAUUGACUUUUCCAGCAGUCGCCAUCAGACCAGCAGCAGGCACAAAACAUAUAAUCACAGAACACUGUAUUUGGUGAGGUGUAAGCUAUGUUAUAUACUUUUUGGUUAUAUAGAAGCAAUACAUGGCUGAAUUGGUAUACUAUUGUUUAGAAAUUGUUAUUUAGCAAGUAAAUUGGGACAGAAAGAUAAUUAAUUUAACUUCAGAUGAGUUUUAGGAUUGGUUUUGCCAUGGAAACACAGAAUAUACUGUGACAUUUCAUAUGUGGCCCCUGAUAGAAUAAUCCUUGAGAAUCUUUUUAAUGCAAAGAUGAAAAGGUGAUAUUAGAUGACCAUUUAUACUCUUUUGUUUAGCAUAAAAAUGCAAAUAGUACACAAUUUACCAAAUCUAAACAGAACAACAUGUUUACUGAAAUUAUGUUUAAUUGAAAUAAAGUGGUUAUAAUUUAA